AUGGCCGUAUCGCGCAAAUCAAGGGACGAGACGAUCCAGCAUCUUGCCAAGGGAUACCACAUAAGCUAUGAGACGAUUCAGCAACUGGCUAACGGACACACCGCCGGCUACGCGCACAAUCUAAAGGCUCAGGAGAUUCCUCUACAAAUUCAAGGAGCAUACAUCGAGUAUCAGAGGGCGCAGUGGACGCAGGAUCGCGUAAGGUUCCGGCAGACUAUCACAUUUAUGGCGCCUAUGACCGGCCUUCUCCUGUUCCUCCUUGGCUACUACUACGCCCAGGCCUCUAUUCUAGAAUCAUUGCGAAGUUCGGAGCCAUUCGUUUAG